CGCUCUGUGCCCCAUGCGCCGCUGCUGCCCCGCUCUCUGCAUCAGCGCCGGCAGCCGCCCCGCCGCCGCCAUCGCCAUCGCCAUCGCCGCCCCGCUCCCGCCCGCCGCCGCCGUGUCCCGCCCGCCGCUGCUGGUGCUGGUGCUGCUGCAGCGCCGCCCCGCGCCGCCCGCUCCUGCGCCUCCGCCGCACAAGAUGGCGGCCGGUGGCAGCGGCGGGGGCCCCGGGGGCCUUUCCUCCUCCUGCCCGCAGCCGCCGCCGCCGCCGCCGGGCAACGGGGCCGCCGCCUCCGCCGCCGCCUGCACCAACGGCGCCCCCGCGUCGCCUCCCGGCCUCACCUACAACCAGUGCGGCGCUGCCAACCCGGCGGCCAGCGGCGGAGGCGCGGGGGGCCCCGCGGCGGCGGCGGCAGCGGGGGCGGCGGGGGCCGGCGGCGGCGGGGGGGCGGGCGGGCCCGGCGGGGCGCUGCAGCGGGAGCCCGUCUAUAACUGGCAGGCGACGAAGCCGACGGUGCAGGAGCGCUUCGCCUUCCUCUUCAACAACGAGGUGCUCAGCGACGUGCACUUCCUGGUGGGGAAGGGCCGCGGCUCGCAGCGCAUCCCCGCGCACAGGUUUGUGCUGGCCGUGGGCAGCGCAGUCUUCGAUGCGAUGUUUAAUGGUGGAAUGGCCACGACUUCUACAGAGAUUGAGCUGCCUGACGUGGAGCCUGCUGCCUUCCUCGCUCUGCUGAAAUUUCUUUAUUCAGACGAAGUUCAGAUCGGACCAGAGACUGUUAUGACAACGCUUUACACAGCUAAAAAAUAUGCAGUUCCAGCCCUGGAAGCUCACUGUGUGGAGUUCCUUAAAAAAAACCUCCGUGCAGACAACGCAUUUAUGCUGUUAACACAGGCAAGACUCUUUGAUGAGCCUCAGCUGGCCAGCCUUUGCCUGGAGAACAUAGACAAGAACACGUCGGAUGCCAUCAAUGCGGAGGGGUUUACAGACAUUGAUCUGGACACCCUGGUUGCGGUGCUGGAGAGGGAUACCCUGGGGAUCCGGGAGGUUCGUUUGUUUAACGCAGUGGUUCGCUGGUCGGAGGCCGAGUGUCAACGGCAGCAGCUUCAGGUGAUGCCAGAGAACAAGCGGAAAGUUCUGGGCAAAGCACUUUCUCUUAUCCGCUUCCCAUUGAUGACUAUUGAGGAGUUUGCAGCAGGGCCUGCCCAGUCGGGAAUCCUCACGGACCGGGAAGUGGUGAGCCUGUUCCUCCACUUCACAGUGAACCCAAAGCCCCGGGUGGAGUUCAUCGACCGGCCGCGCUGCUGCCUGCGGGGGAAGGAGUGCAGCAUCAGCCGUUUCCAGCAGGUGGAGAGCCGCUGGGGGUACAGUGGGACUAGUGACAGGAUAAGGUUCUCUGUAAACAAAAGGAUAUUUGUAGUUGGGUUUGGAUUAUACGGAUCCAUACAUGGGCCAACGGAUUACCAAGUAAAUAUACAGAUCAUCCACACUGACAGCAACACGGUGCUGGGGCAGAACGACACGGGGUUCAGCUGUGAUGGAUCAUCAAACACCUUCCGGGUCAUGUUCAAGGAGCCUGUUGAGAUUCUACCCAACGUCAACUACACAGCAUGUGCUACUCUAAAGGGUCCAGAUUCCCACUACGGCACCAAAGGACUGCGCAAGGUGAUCCACGAAUCGCCGACGACGGGAGCCAAGACCUGUUUCACGUUCUGCUACGCGGCUGGGAACAACAACGGCACCUCCGUGGAGGAUGGACAAAUCCCAGAGAUCAUCUUCUACACAUAGUGCAGCUGCGGAGCUGGCGCCGGACUCCUCUCUCCUCUUCCCCGUGACCUUCCAAACUAAAUUCCUGGCUGAGUUUGCCCACACCAAUUGGAGCCACACUAGCCAAAGGUCUCAGUAAAAUCAUUUCAAAGCUCAUGUUUUGCCUUGUGCUAGUGAUUCUGCUGCUAUCACGUACCAGACUAACUGGUACCCCAGUACCAUUUGUAGGUGUCCGUGGCUAGUCAUUCUUCACUUUCCUGGUUAACCCUAUCUAACAACGUGCGUUUUUUGGACUGUAACGAAUGUAGAUGCUUUUCCACCGGUCAGAAGCAUGGAAACGAGUGGCUCUGGUUGUGGUGAGACUUGCUGUGAGGAGAUAACCCUGCAGAAAGACACGCUCGAGGGCUGGGUGGCCCCGUCCUCGUCCCGCCAGCCGCCGCACGCAGGACGUUUCGGGAAGUGGCUUUUUCCCCGAGGCUUCGCUGUUCCAGCACUACAGGGUCUUGAGGGAGACCUCAGAACUGGAGAGACUGCGGCCUCCUCGUGCUCCUCUCCCUGCUCUGUGACAAUCCUUGCCCUUGGGGACGGAAGGCGUUGGGAGAUGUGUCUCUCGUGGGCCUGCGCGAGGGUUUAGGAUGGUUUUGAUAUGGCCAGUACUUAAAAAAAGAGAAGAAAACCAGAUGGGUCCAUGACUUCGUGAUUGAACCUGCCUCUGUGCAAUGCAAGCUUUGUGAGGUGCAUUCAUGGUCCGGGCACGCUCCUUGUCGAGAGGGAGGUGUCCUCUGGGAUGCUCAACGCUGCUCCUUUUCCCAAGGGUGAUGGGAACUUCACUGCUGGCACCCGAGAGCAGCGUCGGGGCCUUUUGUACCUCCGUGGCAAUAGUGGGAAUCGUUGGAAUGUGGCAGCCUUGCUCUUCCCGGGAACAGCUGCAGGUUCUCUUCCCAAAUCCCUCCUCCGGCCGUCGCCCAUGAGGUAGGUGUGGUGGCUUGAGGUGGGGAGGAGCAAACUGAACGCCGCCACCCGAGCAGCUUCUGUUCUUAACGGCUUUUACGCAGCUCAAUGCAAUCCUGGCUUCUGUAGAUAGGUGAAUGUAAUUCCGUGUUGGACAUGCCCGUGCCCAGAAGUAGGAGACAUCCUGUUGUACCACGUCACCUUCCGAGCGGAGCCGGGCCUGCCCCCGCUCCAGUGCUGUAUUGAUGAAUGUAUCGACGCUCUCGUUCCGUGUUCACACUCUGCUUUUGGCCAGCUUUGUGAUUUGUAAAUAGGAAAUCAAUAAAGACAUUCGGGUUGUCUUUA